GUGACCAGUCUCUCUCCCCGCGUCAUCAUCAUUAUCCUCGUCUCCUCGCCAUGGCGGACCCGGGCAAGACGGGCUCGGGCAUGUUCAGCAAGCACGCCAAGAAGCGGAUCACGCGCGCCCAGGAGAAGGUUCUACAAAAGCUGGGUAAAGCUGAUGAAACAGUAGACCAGCAGUUUGAAGAACAAGUUCAGAAAUUCAACAAACAGUAUAAUGAAGGAAGCCAGCUGCAAAAGGAACUACGGGGCUACCUCGAUGCUGUAAAAGAAAUGCACGACUCGUCUAAGAAAAUGAAUGAAGCUCUCCUCGAUAUGUACGAGCCUGAUUGGUAUGGAAAAGAAGAUGUCAAAGACAUUUCACAGAACGGCGAUGAGCUCUGGGGUGACUUCCACGAGAAGCUGGUAGACAAUUCUCUCCUGACCCUUGACACGUACCUCGGCCAGUUCCCCGAUAUCAAGUCUCGCAUUGCCAAACGUGGGCGCAAGCUGGUGGAUUAUGACAGCGCGAGGCACCAUCUGGAGUCACUACAGAACGCAAAGAAGAGGGACGAUAUCAAAGUGGCCAAGCCGGUGUUGCUGCUUGAAAAAGCUGCACCUCAGUGGUGCCAGGGGAAGAUCCAGGCCCAUAUCAUUGCCCAGACAAACCUUCUCAAGAACCAGGCAGAAGAGGACUACAUGAAAGCACAGAAGGUGUUUGAGGAGAUCAACGUUGACCUGCACGAGGAGCUGCCUGUCAUUUUGGACAGUCGAGUUGGAUUUUACGUGAGCACCUUCAAGAACAUCGCCGGCCUGGAAGAAAACUUUCACAAGGAGAUUGGACAGCUGAGCCAUGAGAUGGAAGAGGUGAUGAUAAAGCUGGGCGACCAGCACUCCGUCAAGUCUUCCGACAUACAGAGCGCUCGCAGUGAGCCAUCUCCAAGCAUCGUGGAGCCACACGGGAACGACUCCCCCUCGCUGGUGUCCGACGAUGCGGGACUGAGACCCGAUCACACUGCGUCCCCGCUGAAGUCGCCUAUGCAGGGGCGUAAGGGCCCCCCAUUGCCCCCACCCCCGAGGCCCACGCCCAGCAAGGAGAUGACGCAGGAGGCCAUUGUGAACCUUUUCGAUGACAACUUCAUGUCCUCUGCUGCCCCCACUAAUGCAACGCUGGGAGUUCCGUUAACCAAGAGUGAAGAUACCGGAAGCUUGCUGGAUCUCGACUUUGAUCAUUUUACGGCCACAGAUUCAUCCGCUGUCGCCAUGGCUCCUUCCAUGAAUCAGACAUUGUUGGAUUUGAGUUGGGAGCAGCCUGUGGAGAAGAGUGCCCCUGAGGUCCAUGCCCCCGAGGUCCCUGCACAGAGCCCCCCAGCCGCGAGCCUCGCAGGUGCCGCCCAGAGCAGCGACGUGCCCCCAGGCAUUCUGUACAAGGUGCAGGCCCAGCACAACUACACGGCUCUGGAUUCGGACGAAUUGGGCCUCCAGCUUGGAGAUGUGGUGUUCGUACUGCCCCCCGACAGUGGUGACGAGCAGGAUUCCGGCUGGCUUCUGGGCAUCAAGGAAGCUGACUGGAUCACUCACAAAGAUCUUGAUGGACACAAGGGUGUGUUUCCAGAAAACUUCACCGUGCGCGUAGACUAAGCGCCACUCCAAGAGACUCGCGCACUAGUAAUGAUGAGUAAUACAGAUACGAAAGUAAACUAGCCAGACAUCUGUUUAAACCCUUCAAUGAAAAGGCGUUUAACUGGUUGAACAGUUUUCCUUCCGUAUCAAUGAAUUCCCAGUGGUGUUUCAGACUGAUUUGAAAUGUACUCGCUGGAAAAAAGUCUGUGCUUUUCUUUGAUUGAACAAAAUGCGACGAGAUACAUUGAUUUGGGUGGUCUGUUGAUCGAUAAUUUGAAUGUUAUUUCAUUUUGCCAAUUAAACAGUUGUCUUCGCCUGUUCAUGUAUUCAUUUAAACAAUUAGCUUAUUAAAAGAAAGUCAUCUCAUGGUAGCUUAGUGACUAAUUAGGAUGCAGUGUUUAAAAACACGUCACUCGCUUGUGACAUCUGUAAAACCAGAGGUGUGUACCAACUUACCACCCGGCGAUUCGAUAUUUUCUUCCGAUUUGGGAGUCGCAAUUCGAUUGAAGAAUGUAUUCCCUUGUUUGUACCGUCUCGUUCGUUAUCCUGUGUAUGUUCGAUCUUGUUCGUUCAAUGAGCCUAACGUUCAUUCGUAUACAAUUUAGCAGCUUAUGGCGCCAUCCAUUUAGUA